CUAUUGCUCCAGAACAAAUCCAACAUCAGUUGGUUCGAGUACGACUAAAACAAACAACCUGUAACAAAUAAUUUCUAUUCCAACGGCGUUGUAUAUUCGAAGUGACCAUGAUGCGUGGAGUGGAACGAAAGACYGCCAACCGCAAAAUCGAAGCCGAACGCGAGGAAGAAGUGGUGGUGGAAGUCAAGGUCGCACACCACGUCGAAGAAACAAAACUGCCACCAACGGAAAGCGAACCUGCGGACCCCAUCGCCCCUCAAUCCAUAGGAUACGGCAGCGCAAAUGAUGUCGAUUUGAAUUACAGCGAUGACUCUUACGACGUGUUCGAUCCCAAGACACCUGAGAACGGCACGAGUGCCGGUUAUGACUACCAAGGUUUCAACAGCAACAUAAACAAUACUACCAGCUUGCUCAUGGGAAGCAACAGCACAAAUGGGGGCAACAUCCCCGAAUACGACUAUAGCCUGAGCGACAUGGUGUGGACCUUUCUCUGCCCCGUAUUUCUGUUGAUCGCAUGCAGCCUGGUCCAGCGAAGGAACGUCCCGUCCAGCGAAUACCAUCGCGGCGCGAUGUUCCGGCGGCAAGCGGAACGCGUCUGGGCAAUCCAGGCGGCCAAGGCCGAACGCGUUGCCAUUCCCGUGGACACUAGGAAGCACCAGAUCCGAGAGGGGCUUCGGACGAUGAGGGUUGUUUCGAAAUGCCCCGAAACCGGGCAUUGCAUCCUGUCCCCGGAAGAAACAGAGGAACCAGAGGAGGCGAGCGAAGAACACAACGAAGACGAGUCGACCACCACCAUGGCCGAUGCGGAAAGCACAAGCAAUUCCCUCGAUGCUCCGGAUGCGUCGAAAGAAAUCGAGGCACCGUCGAGCGAGUUGCCGACCACCAACGCAGCGAGUAUUCCUUCGACUGUGUCUUCCGGGACACCUUCCAAGAAACAAAACAGCGGUAAAAAAUGCCCCGAAUCACCGGGAACGGCUGAACGACGACCUCUGCUUUCCUCCAACAGCGAGGACUCGGAAGAUAGCACCAAUUACUCUCCUGUCGCUUCGAGCAGCAUCCAUGCGGCGCAAGAAGAACCGCCGGCACAACAGCAACCACCAUCAAGCAGCCUUUGCUAUGAUUUCGAAGACGACGAAGACGUGUGCCCGAUAUGCCUGGACAACUUCGAGGUGGGAGACAUGGUGAUGUGGUCUCGGAACGCCGGCAAGCAUUCUUGUUCCCACGUCUUUCACGAAGAGUGCUUGUUGCAGUGGUUACUCGAGCAGCGAGAAAACGAAUGCCCCACCUGCCGGGCUUGCUUCAUYGAAAUGGACGACAAAACAGAAGAGAACGAAAACGAUGAGUCUACCGCGCCGUCAACCGGUGGCGAGGCUUCCCAACCCGGUGCCAACAACGAUGGUGACAUCGAGGAAGGGAUCGUGAGCGGAAACGAAACGAACCUUGAUAACGAGAGCGACAACGAGAGCGACAACGAGAAUGACGAGAAGAUGGCAUCAUCGGACGGCGAGAACAGCGAAGACUCCUCGUCGGAGCUGGAAGAAGAUCCGGAAGAAGGAAACUGUACCUUCAUGAUUGUGAAAGGAUCCGUCCAACGCGUACUAUUGCGCUUAUGACGUAUGCAUGGCGGCCUAGCCAAACCUGCACAAAUAUAACAAACAAGGCUAAAUUUU